UUGGGCGCCAAGAUAUGAAAACAAAUAUGGCGGCCGUCUCUUCACCGUUUCGAACACCAGACUUAAUCUCUCCCAAUGCGAGACGACGUCGUGCAAUUGCCCUAAAAAGCACUAACACUCCGCCAACACACUUAAGAGAAAACGACGAUGCUGCAGAAAGAAGGCAGAGGCGUUUAUCUAAAGCGACAUCUGCCACCCUUCAAAGUCCCGCAACUCCGAGAAGUGCAACUCGUCUUGACAGCGAAAGGGGCCAGACUACAGGCAGCAAUGGUUUAACUAAUGUUCAGUUGAAAGACUUGUAUUCAAACUGCAUAAAGUUGUCUACUGAGAAUAAAAUCAAUGCCAAAAAUGCCUUUGGUCUGCAUUUAAUUGAUUACAUGCAAGACUUGAUAAAAACAGUCAAAGAGGGAGACAUGACUAACUUUCAGGUUGCAAGCUGUACAUUAGAUGCAAGUGCCAAAAUCUAUGCUGGUCGUGUUGAUUCCAUCCAUGCACAAGCCUAUAAAAUGCUAGGAGGUUUAGGAAGAGCUGAAAACCAAGAUGGUGAUGAGAAUGAUGGUGAAGGUACUGCUGAGGAACUCCAAGGGUCCCAGAAGCCAAAAAAGGCUGCCCAUCAUCGGCCUGGAAAUACCAUCGAGUCCAACCUCAAAAACAUUAACGUCAACCAGUUUGACUUAGGUUUUGAGGUUGAUCCAUUAUUCCACAAGACAUCAGCUGCGUUUGAUGAGGGUGGAACAGGAGGCUUGCUUCUCAACCAUCUUCAUGUGCGUGAUGACACAUGCGAUCUUCUGCUUGACUCCACAACUUUAACUGGUACAACAGCCAGGGAGAUGUCAUCUGAAGGGGAAACAACAUGCGACAACAGCAUGGUUGACCUAUCACAACUUCGAGAUGUUUACAGUCGUGUCAACUUUGAAGAUCUGCAAAUUUGUCCUCACUUUGCUGAUUUUGAGUUCACUAACUGGGCAAGCAACAGAGAGCAAGCCAAUACAGAUUAUGGUAAAAUGGUGGCAGACAUGGAGAAGAAUGAACAUGCUUUUGAUGUUGAUGGACCAGUCACUGAGCCAGAGCCAGAGUGUGAUUUUCCAGAACCAAUAGGAAAUGGUGACAUUAGUGAUGAUGGUAUGCCUGACAUGGGUGAGGACAUUGAAUAUGGAAGAGAUGGCUGUGAAAAUGUCUUCCGCAACCCCAUCUGUAAUGCCUCGCUCGCCUUUGCUGAUGGACAAGAAGCUAGGCUUGUUGUGUCACAGGAUGGAAGGACAACUAUUGCUUCUGCUGCUGCAACUGCAGGGUCACUUUGUUUGGAGCUUUCAUCUCAGCCUAGUGACUAUUCUUACUUCAAGUCUGACCUCAUGUCCACCUGGGCAGGACCGUUACAUUGGAAGCUUCGUGACAAGCUUUCAAAAGGUUUGAUAAACUCAACAGCUGAACAACAAAGUAAGAAAAAGAAAGCAAAGAAACAGCCUUUCACAAUCAAUUUUGACAGUGAGGUGGAUUUUGCAAGCAGUUUUUCAAAAGGAAAGGCAGCAACAACAUUGUCCAAAACAACCCUGGCUAAAUACACAGCAGCCAAGAACACAUUACCAGAAGACCUUCACUAUAAUGCAGACAAACUCUUUAGGCUUUUUAUUAAGCCCAAAAUUAUGGUUAAACGUCAAGUUCAAGCACAAACAGAACUUAGAGAUGAUGGUUCAGCUUGGUAUAACUAUGAGAAUGCGAAUGAUUGUGCUAACUUCUGUCCAGAUCUCCAAGAUGGUGGCGAUGAUGAUGAUGAUGCCUUUGAUGGUGCAGAUGGUGGAUGCGACAUGCCUUCUGGAGAAGCAGAAUUCCCAUCUUCACAGGAUAUGACCUUUGGAGACUCAACCCAAAGCCACAGCUUCACUAAUGAGAGUGUAGUGGAUCAAACACUCUUUGCUGGUGAUGGCCUUGUUGCCCAACCUAAUAAGGUUCAGAAAAUUGACAUUGGCUAUGCCAAAACUGCUAAAAAGAUGGAUGUGAAGAAAUUAAAGGGUGCCAUGUGGGGACUUUUAGCUGACAAGGGUGAAAGUGACAAGGAAAAUAUUGCUGUAGAUCAGCAUGGAACAGGAAAAGGCAGUGGAUGUGUGACAUAUCCUUGCUCAUUUAAGGAAAUCUAUACUAAAUUACCUGAAAAGCUUUCCAAGAACAUGGCUAAGAAUCUCUCAGUAUCCAUUGCCUUUGUCUGCAUUCUUCACCUGGCGAAUGAAAAGUGCCUCAAGAUGACUGGUGAGCCUGGAAUGGGGGACUUUUCUAUUUCUCAGGGCAUUUGAUGCUUUUCAAUGUACUUCAGUCUGUCAUCUAUUAUAAACUCAUGAAACAGUGUGAAAAAAGAAAUAUGCAUAACAUUUCAGCAUUGUAUUAUGUUUUGAUCAUUAAUAAACAGAUAAUUGGA